UCUAUCAUUCCCGGGAUCAUUCGUGCGCAUAGCAUUAUACACAGAUGCAUUUACCUGUUUACCUUCAACUGUGACAACUUCCGACAAGACCGUGAAUUUCAUGCAGAAUUAAGCAAAAACGCCGAGAAACUGGAUUAAGGCCUACAAAUUACAUACAAUGACAUGCGAGGGAAGUUCGUGUUGUUCCUGUUGUUCGAGAUGUCACAGAAAAUGGGAAUCUUUGAUAGAGAAUGCAUUCGGCAGGCUCGGUUCUUUCAUUGCAUCAUAUCCCGUGAAAAUAAUGACCGUGUGUAUUGUUGUCAACUUGCUUCUGACCAUUGGAAUCAUGAAUAUAGAAAUGGAAAAUGAUGUAGAAACACUCUAUACUCCGAUGGAUAGUCAAGCAAUAAAAGACCGGUCUGUAUUACGAGACCUAUACGGAGAUUCCACGAACAGUAGUUUUCGUUCUUACCAACUUUCAGACUUUGGACUGUAUGGCGAUGUAAUGAUUCUCUCUAAAAAUAAGACUACAAUAAUGAGCCAAGCCUAUGUUGAUGAAAUAAACAACAUCAACACUAUAAUCAGAAACACUAUAAUUGUUAGCGAUUCCUCUGGACAAACCUAUACUUAUGAUGAUCUGAGUGCAGGUUCGAAUCCUAACGAAGGAAUCGCUAGUGCUGUUGUACUAUUGAAUACAUUUCAAGACAAUUUCAUAAUCCCUAAUAUAACCUACCCAGUUUAUGGGGAAUAUAUCUUGUCGCCCUUUCUUGCGCAGGCAGUUUCUGCUAGCGGAAUGUUAAAUUCUGCAAUUGGGGUAAAAUUGCAGUACUAUCUUCGACAAAGUGAUACACGUGCAGCGGAACUUUCAAAGAAAUGGGAAAAGGCAUUUGUUACCAAAAUGGAGAACCUGCAAAUAAAUCUGACAGAUAUUGCCUACACAUCCUCAGAUUCCCUCGGAACAGAAUUGGACAAAAACACAAAUAGCGACAUAAAAUUUUUCUCCGUUACGUUUACGCUCAUGAUGACAUACGCAUCUAUUGCUUCGUUGACCAUCAAUUGCAAUAACGUAGCUAAUCGUAUGAAUUUAGGAAUAGCAGGUGUUAUUGCCCCCGUGUUGGCCAUCGCCUCAGCCUUCGGAUUUGUGAGUGCAAUUGGAGUGGAGUUCACCAACAUCGUUGGUGUAAUGCCGUUUUUGGUUGUCGGGAUUGGUAUAGAUGAUAUGUUCAUCCUCAUGUCCGGAAUGGCGGAUGCCCCACCUCUGUCUGAAGUAUUCAUCAAACAAAGAGUGAUCUUCAUGAUGCAGAAGAGCGCAGUUGCCAUAACGAUUACGUCACUGACAGAUUUGCUGGCUUUUGUCGUUGGAGCAUCGUCGGUAUUCAAAAGUAUUCGGAAUUUCUGCAUUUACACAGGUGUGUCGGUGUUCUUUUGCUAUUUAAAUCAACUUUUCUUUUUGUGUCCGGCUAUAACGAUUAAUGAACAUAGAACGAAGGGGAGCAAACAUUUCUGUUGUUCCUGUAAAACUGUAAGACCGAGAAACCAAUACGAAAAUAAGUCGAAAUGUUUUCUCUUAUGUGUUCCUGGAUCGCCCCCCGAAACGAGACUUGAUGUGGAAAGUCCAAUGGAAAAAUAUCCCAAAAAGUUUAUCCUUUUCAUUUUAAAUCAUACUGUCGGAAAAUGUUUCGUCAUUGUUGUAUUCCUCGCUUACCUAAGUUCUUCAAUAUAUGGAUGUGUAAAUCUUCAACAAGGCCUUCAGCUCUUCAAUUUAGUUUCAAAAGAUUCCCAUUUCUACAAGUAUAGUGUGUGGGACGAAAAUUAUUUCACCACUGAACCAAUGAUUACGCUUUGUGUGACUUCAGAACAAGAAUACCACAGGAGUGAAAUACAAAAUCUUAUAAAUUCUGUGUUAUCCAAGACAAAAUUGAACAGUUACAUUGACGACAAUUUUGAGAUAAAUUGGCUUGCAAGUUACAAUCAAUCUGCACACUAUAAUGCCGCCACCGAAUCAAAUUUUGUUAGUGGUCUGAAGGACUUCUUGGCGUCACAGAGUGGACAAUCCUUUGAAAACGACAUUGUUUUCGAUACUUCUAGAAGCAAAGUUCUGUCAUCCAAAUUUUAUGUUAAGGCAAAGAACAUGAAAACAUCAAGUGAACAAGGGGAUUUCAUGAAACGUAUGAGGGAAAUCACGGAAAAUACGGCACUUCCCUGUAUACUCUAUACCCCGGCUUUCGUUUUCUUCGAACAAUAUGUACAAAUCCUGCCUAGCACUCUCCAAACUCUGGGUAUUGCAGUUGCUGCAAUGCUGGUCGUAACGUUUAUAUUCAUGCCUGAUUUGCGAGUCGUUGCCAUAGUAUGCAUCACACUUAUCAGCAUCUUGUCCGGAAUAUUGGGUUUUAUGUACUACUGGGAUCUGACAUUGAGCUCAAUAACUAUGAUUCAUUUGGUGAUGAGUGUAGGGUUUUCUGUCGAUUUUAGCGUCCACAUUUGUCACGCCUUCGUGUCUGUUGAGGGAAACAGUCGCGACACAAUCCUAAAAAACGCUAUUGAUAGAUCCGGUGGCCCUGUUGUGAAUGCGGCUUUUUCCACGCUAUUGGGGAUACUGAUGCUUGCAUUUUCCAGCAGCUACAUUUUUCAAUCUUUCGGUAUUCUGAUGUUUUUGGUAAUCGGAUUCGGACUGAUUCAUGCUGCGUUCUUUCUUCCUUUAUUACUGUAUGCGCUCUUUCCCUGCUUCCAUACUAUUGACCCUGGAAGGGUAAUCGAUUCGCCAGUCGAUUCUAUGUCCCGAAGAGCUUCGUCGGAACUAUUUUGGACAUCAUUUGACAAUACGAACGAUAAAAAACAUAAGGAAACGCCGAUCGAUAAGCAAAAAUCUUCUAUCAAUGGGGAUUUAUCGGCAUGUCAAACAGUCCCUUCACCAAGAUCAAAAUCGUCGAGACCUAAUAGCCGUUCUAACCACGAUGAAAAUAUUCGACAAGGCGAAGUUAAAGAUAUCUGUGACGGGUAUAAGAUGUACCAACCUCACAAAAAUCACGCAUCUUGAAGCAAAGAAACAUAUAGCAUCUAGAUAAAUUUUGACUAUAUUUGGUUGAUAUACACAUAAACGUAUAACUGUUGUAGCUCUUUUUAUGUAUGCUUUUUGUGGUAACUAUCUACAUUUCAUAUUGUCAUUUUCCACUGGUUGAUAUUUAAACACGAAGAAUUACAGAUUGAGAAGAUGAACAUUGCUUUAGAUAGCCAGUAGCAUAUUUAGCAUAGAGAUUAGGGAGAAGCGAUAACUCAUGAUCAUACUUCAAAUUUUGUAUAAACUCAUAUUGCUUGAAUGAGAUAUCUGUAAUCAGGUGCACUUGCAGCUUUGUACGUACAUUGUGUCUAUUCAAUUUAUCAUGAAUGUAGACCCUACGCGAAAACUAUGAUGGGGCAACUAAAGUGCGAAGUAUCCCCACCUCUACUUUCAUUUCGACCUUAGAGACACUGCAUUUUUUAUUCAAAUCAAUAUACUGGGGAAAUAAUAUAAUGCAAUAUAUUAAAAUAAAUGGGGUUCCUUACUCCUCCUAGGUACGCGAUCCCACCUCUGGUAUGUCCAGGGAUUGUGUUUUCCCUACUAUCAAGUUUUGUAUUCUUUAUGGGAAUGAUUUCAUUGGUCACUGUUCGAGAUCUUCACUUUUCAUUGAGUAGAGGUAAGAAGUCUACAUAUUGUUAUGGUGAAAUAGUCUUAAACUCCCUUGCCUGUAUUCUGAGUAUUCGAUGACAAAUCACACGGGUUAUGCAUUUUUUCUUUCUUUUUAGUUGUUGAAAAAAUUCAUAUCCCGCAUUAUGGAAAAACAAACUAAAAUAAAAUAACGAAUAUGA